CUGUCGAGAUAGGCAACAUUUUCACACGAAUCUCGUGUCAAUUGCUAACACUCAAGAGCAUUAUUGAGUUUUCUAGACAACAGUCAUGACCAUACAGGAGCUGGUGGAAGGCAGAAUAGACUUCAAAGGCCAAAAGACGGCGGAUGACAUCGUUCGCGUGGUACUCAUCACUAGCACAUUCCUCUCUUUUAUCAUUGGGUUUGCCUUCAGCUCUCUCAUGAUAACAAUGAGUACGUUCGCACUCUGUACUGUAGCGCUGUCUCUGGUUGUCCUACCUCCUUGGCCCAUGUUCAAUCGUCAUCCAGUGACGUGGUUAUCCGAGUCUGUACAAGAACAGAGUCAGAAGUAACAUUCGGUGUUGAUUUUGAUAUUCUUACCUCCUGCGGCAGACGCGGGAAGCAGGAUUUUUCUUGCUUCUGAUAGUCUAUUAUUGCAAAGAGUGAGUAAAUAUUAUUAAUGUGCUAUUUGUGCGCUUCGACAGCCUGAGAGUACAAGGUAAGCUUGUUGUAGCAAUUUUUAUUCUUCCUUCCUCACAUGCAUUCAUGCGUGUAUCGGGGUUGUGGUGGUUGGCAUCGCUACCGUUCAGUUCAGUUCGAAGAGCCAGCAAAAGCCUUUGGCCAUUGGGAUUGUUUCCUCGAGUGGAACUUGGGGGAUUCUUGGCACUAGAACCUUAAGUAGUGAUGAGACACGAUGAGACAUACAUGAGAAAAUCAGGAGCAAUUGUUCAACUGGGAGCAAAUCUCCGUUUGCGAACA